AUGUCAGAGCUUGAUUCAAAUUGUCUAAUACCAGUUUUAGGAUCUGGAUAUGUAGGGAAGUCUUCUAUUCUGAUGAGAUAUUUGCAUGGAACCUUCUCUAACCGAUACUCAGAAACUGUGGAGGAAAUGCAUGUUCAACAAUACAGUAUCAAUGGAAAGAGGAGAUAUAUGAAUUUUUUGGAUACGGCAGGAAAUAUUUACUUUCCAGCUAUGCAGAAGAUAUACUUCUCAAAGGCAUUAGGAUUCAUUCUUGUAUAUUCAAUUUGCGAUGCGAGAUCUUUCGAAGAGAUUAAACGUAUUUGGGAGCAGAUAAAGUCUAUUAGAGAGAAUGUUUUGAGUAUACCUUGUGUAGUCGUUGGGAACAAAGCAGAUUCAGAGAACAAUAGAGAGGUAGAAACAUUUGAAGCAUUAGGAUGGGCAUGUAGUGAGAACCUUGGUGGGUGUUUUCUAGAGGUGUCAGCUAAAGACAACAAUGCUGUUAAAGAAAUAUUUGACAUUCCGUUAGAGCAACUAGGCAACACAAGAGCCAAACAAGCCACAACAUUUCGAAUUCGGUCAACAAGCUUAACACGGAAAGAAGAUAAGAGACAAAAGAGCAAACACAUAAAAAAUAAAAGGAUGAAAACUUUUGAAAAAGUGGAGGCUUCCAGUAAAAGUUUCCAAAACACAAUGUUUGAAGACUACAAAGAGACUUAUAUCUAUAAAGUUCAACAGAAGCAAAAUAAAAUUCUGAAAUCCAAUAGCCUUAAAGGUGCACAGUAUAUUAAAUCGCAAGAAACAGUUAAUUGCAGAGAAUUGGAGCAUACAUCGAGCCUAAAAACUGGUGUAGAUGAAAGGAAAAAAUAUCAAGGACUGACGAAACUAAAUAAACUUUUAAGCAACCUUUUUAAACGCAAAGAUCCAUCACCAAAUAAUGUAUUGCAAACAAACAAAUGUAAAAAUGUGUCAUAUUAA